UAAUAGCGUACCAUGCACUCGACCGAUGUCGUGUCUCCCUGAACUUCUUGGUCGCAUCUUGACUGGACGUCCUUCAUUCCAUCAUGUUCUGGCAGUCGCGGUGGCUCAACGGUGGACACGAGCCGUCGAGUCGUCGUCUCAUGCUGCGUGGGGUGUCCUGUAGAGCGCGGAGAAGAAGCUGUUUGCCGCCAUUGCCAAAGGCAAGGAGGCCAAGCUUCGCAAGUACAUUGCCAAAUGCGACCCCAAUGUCAUGAACGAGGAGGGAUGGACACCGCUGCACGCGUCGAGCUUCCACGGCCAAGUCGAAAUCACAAAGUAUCUCCUAUCCAUCAACAACGCCGACGUGGAUCUCAAGGACGACAGGGGUCGCACGCCGUUGUAUUUGGCCAGCGAAGGCGGCAAAGCGGGUGUCGUGCAGCUCCUCGUGGACAAAUCGCUGGUCAAAACCUCGACAGAUAUUACAAACGAGGGAGGAAUGGGGCCUCUCCAUGUGGCGUGCUGGCAUGGACAUUUGAAAGUUGUGAAGAUCUUAGUCGCCGCCAAAUGCAACGUCAACCUCCCCGCGUGUCUGGGCUCAACGCCAUUGGACAUGGCAGCGUCCAGGGGACAUUUGGAAGUUAUCAAGUACCUUGUGCAAAGCCUAGCGAAUGUGCAUGCAUUGAACAAGAAUGGAUGGCAUGCACUACACACGGCAAGCUGGUGGGGUCAUGUAGAAGUCGUGCGAUUCCUCAUGCAAAUCUGCGAUCCAGCUCAAAAGACGUUGGCGGGAAAUACUGCGCUCGACUUGGCGCUCGAACACCGCCGACAUGACGUUGUGAGCGUUUUGCAAGCGAAAGAAGACGCCCACUUGACAUUGUUCGAUGCUGUGCGGCUGGGACGCGUGUGUUUAGUUCGAAAGUUGGUGCACACGGCCAGUAUCCAUGAUCAAAACGAGAAUGGUUGGACAGCAAUGCACGUCGCCUGUGCAAACGGCCACGUGGAUCUUGUGGCGUUGCUAAGUCGUUAUAUCGACGUGAACGUUCAAACCAAGGAUGGCGCGACGCCGUUAUAUGUGGCCGCGGGCAAUGGACAUUUGGGUGUGGUGCAGUUAUUGGUGACCAAUCUGGCCGCGGUGGUGACGCUUGGGCCAACGAGUGGAUGGACGCCGUUGCACAUUGCCAGUUCCAAGGGGUUUGUGGACGUGGUGCGCUACCUUGUCACAGUGCUUCCUAUGGACCUUCAGACGAAUCAUGGCUCGACGGCAUUGCAUUUGGCGGCUACGUAUGGCAAGCUCAACGUGGUGCAGUACUUUGCAUUGAAACGACCAGCAUUGGAUGCAAUGGACAAGAACGGGUGCAGUGCGCUGCACGACGCCAGCGCCAACGGCCAUGUGGACGUGGUCCGGUACCUCUUGCUGCACCAUGCGGCGGUGGAUUUAAAAAACAAUAACGGCCAAACUCCGUUAUACCAAGCCGCGCAACAUGGCAAAGUGGAAGUUGUGCGUGUGUUGCUGGACCACAACGCGGCGGUGGGGGCCGUUUCGAACAAUGGAUGGACAGCAUUGCACGAUGCGUGUGCGAAUGGCCAUCUGGACGUCGUUCAAGUGCUGGUGCCGUUUGUAGACAUCAACGUGCGCACCAAGGAUGGCGGGGCUACGGCGUUGUAUGUGGCAGCUGGCACGGGUCAAUUGGCUAUUUUAAAAUACCUGCUCGACCGCCAAGCCAACCCGCUGCUCGCGUCCAAGAUUGGAUGGACACCAUUGCAUUCUGCGUGUUAUAAUGGCCGCGUGGACGUGGUUCAAGUGCUGUGUGCAAGCAUGGGCCCUGACCAGAUCAACAUUCCGACCAACGCGGGGGCCACACCUCUGUACGUGGCAGCUGGAAACGGUCAGUUGACUGUGAUCCAGUACUUGCUAAACCACCACAGCGCCUCCAUCUGCCUCAAUACCCGCCAUCAACCUACAACGACGACGCCGUUGCAUCGAGCGGCAGCCAGUGGACAUGUCGAAGUGGUGAAAUGUUUGAUCCAAUUCAUGGACGUCAACACCCGCACGUUGGAUGGCCAAACGGCGUUGCACAAGGCGGCGCAGUAUGGCCACAUGGGCGUGGUGGCCCUCUUGAUGGCCAGCGGCAUCAAUUACGAGCUAGUGUCUCAUUCGGGAUGGAGUCCAUUGCACAGCGCAGUGUGGGGCGGGCAUCUCGAAGUCGUGCGGCUACUCGUGGAGCAUAUUGACGUGGACAUUCAGACGGACGGCGGCGCAUCGCCUUUGUAUGUCGCGGCUGGACGCGGCUAUGAAGCUAUCACAACGUUUUUGCUCGCAAAGAAUGCCAAUGUGACCCUCCCAACCAAUAUUGGAUGGAGUGCGCUGCAUGUGGCGUGUUCGCUGGGCCACUUUAGCGUGGCGUUGCAAGUGGCCGAAUAUGUCAACCCGAGAUUGUGCACAAGCAUUCGGUGGACGGCGUCCAAGGUCGCGUACCUGACAGGGUCGGAUGAAGUGCGCCGAGCGAUGGAGGACAAGAUGGCGGCGACGCUCACGAUGAAACGGACGGUCGUGCCGCGCCACCACAUGCCCAUGAAGGAACUCGUGGACGACGAAGAUGGCGACUGGGAGCGGACAAGUGAGCUCACGACCGAAGGCACCAUGUACUCCCUGGACGAGGACGGAUACUUUUGAUGUGGACCACGAUCGAUCGGUUGUGCGUAUUUAUUCUUAUAUAUAUAGAGACAGACCAACAGCAUUAAUAGAGUUAUUUUUUAUAUUCACAA